CACCUGAGGACAGGUAAACUGGAGCAGAUGAAACCUCUGAAACACUGAAGGUUAUGAGGAUGAAGCAGCAGGUGAACAAACAUCAGAGUCAGUCAGACGCUGAGAGCUGAGGUGUGUGAAGGAUGAGCAGAAAGGAAAGAAAGAUGUCUGCAACAACACGUGAAGAGCUGCUCCUGAGAGCACUGAAGGAUCUGGGAGACAAUGAGUUAAAAGAGUUUAAGUGGUACCUGCAGAAGUCAGAGGUCCUGGAACGCUUCCCAGUAAUCCCAAAGAGUCGACUGGAUAAAGCAGACAGGACGGACACUGUGGAUCAAAUGCUGCAGACCUACUGUGAAAACACUCUUGAGGUGACCAAAAAGGUUUUGAGGAAGCUAGACAGGAAUGAUCUUGUGCGAAUUUUAUCAGAUCCAAACUCAGAACCUGUAGUAGAGGGUUUUGCUGAGUGCCAAAAAAAAUUUAAAUCCAACCUCAUGAAAAAGUUUCAGGAUUCAUCUGAAAAAGUCAAAAAAGGAGGAAAAUCUAAAGUUCAAAAUGAAAUCUACACAGAAAUCUACUUGACAAUAGAAGAGAGUGGAAAGGUCAACAUGGAUCAUGAGGUCAGACAGAUUGAAACUGCAUCCAGGAAACCAUCCAGAAAAGAAAAAACUAUCAGAUGUGAAGACAUCUUUAAAGCCUCACCUGGAAGAGAUGAACCAAUCAGAACAGUGAUGACAAAGGGAGUGGCUGGCAUUGGGAAAACAGUCUUAACACAGAAGUUCACUCUGGACUGGGCUGAAGACAAAACCAACCAGAACAUACACUUCACAUUUCCAUUCACUUUCAGAGAGCUGAAUGUGCUGAGAGAGAAAAAGUUGAGCUUGGUGGAACUUGUUCAUCACUUCUUUACUGAAACCAAAGAAGCAGGAAUCUGCAGGUUUGAAGAGUUCCAGGUUAUGUUCAUCUUUGACGGUCUGGAUGAGUGUCGACUUCCUCUGGACUUCCACAACACUGAGAUCCUGACUGAUGUUACAGAGUCCACCUCAGUGGACGUGCUGCUGACAAACCUCAUCAGGGGGAAACUGCUUCCCUCUGCUCGCCUCUGGAUAACCACACGACCUGCAGCAGCCAAUCAGAUCCCUCCUGAGUGUGUUGACAUGGUGACAGAGGUCAGAGGUUUCACUGAAUCUCAAAAACUAGACUACUUCAGGAAGAAAUGCAGAGAUGAGAAGCUUGUAAGCAAAAUCAUCCCUCAUAUCCAGACAUCAAGGAGCCUCCAAAUCAUGUCUAAUGUCCCAGUCUUCUGCUGGAUCACUGCUACAGUUCUGGAGGAUGUGUUGAAAACCAGAGAGGGAGGAGAGCUGCCCAAGACCCUGACUGAGAUGUACAUCCACUUCCUGGUGGUUCAGUCCAAACUGAAGAACGUCAAGUAUGAUGGACUUGAGACAAAUCCACAGUGGAAUCAAGCAAACAAGGAGAUGAUUCUUGCUCUGGGAAAACUGGCUUUUGAGCAGCUGGAGAAAGGAAACCUGAUCUUCUAUGAAUCAGACCUGACAGAGUGUGGCAUCGAUAUCAGAGCAGCCUCAGUGUACUCAGGAGUGUUCACACAGAUCUUUAAAGAGGAGAGAGGACUGUACCAGGACAAGGUGUUCUGCUUCGUCCAUCUGAGUGUUCAGGAGUUUCUGGCUGCUCUUCAUGUCCAUCUGACCUUCAUCAACUCUGGAGUCAAUCUGCUGUCAGAACCACAAACAUCAUACUGGAUGUCAAAGCUGUCGAGACGCAAAUCUAAUCUCCACCAGAGUGCUGUGGACAAGGCCUUACAGAGUCCAAAUGGACACCUGGACUUGUUCCUUCGCUUCCUCCUGGGUCUUUCACUCGAGACCAAUCAGACUCUCCUACGAGGUCUGCUGACACAGACAGGAAGUAGCUCACAGACCAAUCGGGAAACAGUCCAGUACAUCAAGGAGAGGCUUGAUGACAAUCUGUCUCCAGAGAAAAGCAUCAAUCUGUUCCACUGUUUGAAUGAACUGAAUGAUCGUUCUCUAGAGAAGGAGAUCCAACAGUCCCUGAGUUCAGGAAGUCUCUCCGAUAAACUGUCUCCUGCUCAAUGGUCAGCUCUGGUCUUCAUCUUACUGUCAUCAGAAAAAGAUCUGGACGUGUUUGACCUGAAGAAAUACUCUGCUUCAGAGGAGGCUCUUCUGAGGCUGCUGCCAGUGGUCAAAGCCUCCAGCAAAGCUUUAGUGAGUGGCUGUAACCUCUCAGAGAGAAGCUACAAAAUUCUGUCCUCAGUUCUCAGCUCCCAGUCCUCUAGUCUGAGAGACCUGGACCUGAGUAACAACAACCUGCAGGAUUCAGGAGUGAAGCUAUUGUCUCCAGGGUUAGAGAGUCCACACUGUCUACUAGAAUGCCUCAGGUUAAGUGGUUGUAACCUGUCAUGGAGAGGCUGUGAAGCUCUGUCCUCAGUUCUCUGCUGCCAGUCCUCCAUUCUCAAAGAGCUGGAAGUAAGUAACAACGACCUGCAGGAUUCAGGAGUGCAGCUUCUCUCUGCUGGACUGCAGAGUCCACACUGUAAACUGGAAACUCUCAGUCUGUCAGGCUGUCAGGUCACAGAGGAAGGCUGUGCUUCUCUGGCCUCAGCUCUGAGCUCCAACCCCUCCCAUUUGAGAGAGCUGGACCUGAGCUACAAUCAUCCAGGAGACUCAGGAGUGAAGCUGCUGUCUGCUGGACUGGAGGAUCGACACUGCCGACUGGAGACUCUCAGGGUGGACCAUGGUGGAGAGCAGAGGCUAAAGCACGGUCUGAGGAAGUACGCCUGUGAACUUGAGCUGGACAUAAACACAGCACACAGGAACCUUAAACUGUCUGACAACAACAGGAAGGUGACAGUGGUGAGAGAGGAGCAGCCAUAUCCUGAUCAUCCAGAGAGGUUUGACCACUGCUGCUGGCAGCUGCUGUGUACAACUGGUCUGACUGGUCGCUGUUAUUGGGAGGUGGAGAGGGAGGGAUGUGUUGUUAUAGCUGUGACCUACAAGAGAAUCAGCAGGAGGGGAAAAAGCGCAGACUGCAGGCUGGGAUGGAACGAUCAGUGCUGGAGUCUGAUCUGCGCUAAGGAUUGUUACUCCUUCUGGCACAACAAGAGAGAAAAAGUGGUUCCUAUCUCCUACGGUUCCUCCCCCUCUAACAGAGUAGCAGUGUAUGUGGACUGUCCUGCUGGCUGUCUGUCCUUCUACAGAGUCUCCUCUGACAAACUGAUCCACCUCCACACCUUCAACACCACAUUCACUGAACCAGUCUACCCUGCUUUUGGUUUUGGGUUUGGGUACUGGUCUUACGACUCCUCGGUGUCUCUGUGUGAGCUGUAGAGAGCAGAGAGACACCCACAGACCAACACAUCAUGUAGAGGUGGUCUACAGAGGGAAAAUCAGCCCAGUAUCCUUAGUGGAUGUGAGAGUGUGGAGGUCGGACUAGAGUCCAUGUCCCAUCAGAGACCUGAUGUUAAUGUUUUAAAUGAUUUAAAACAUUAGAUAUUUUUUAGAUGUUUCUGGAGCAGUAAAAGCUGAAGAUUUUGAGCAGCUUUAGAUUGAAUCUGGUAUAAAUUCAGAGCUUUGUACCUGCUGUUUCAGUUCCACAGCACUGACUCUGUCAAUACUCUGCUGAGAAUCUUUUAACUCUGUUUUAGUCAGAUCACAUGUUCAUAAUCAAAGCUUAUACUUUCAGUUUAUGUUGUUUUCAUUAUUAGUGCAGGUAAAUCUGUGGAGACAGGUGUUUGGAUCACACCUGGCCCAGUGCUGUGAUCAGUAACCACUGACAUCAGGAUUUAUAAAGCAUUGUUACAACAGUUUGUUUGUUUGAAGGAAAUAUUACAGAACCCUGACACACUGUGAUUUUGGUUUUAAAGAAACGUAUGUUAAAGGCACUGAUUUGAAUCUUUUACUUUUGUAAAAACACAUUGAUUGAAAGGAGCAGAUUCAUACAAACUAAAUUUAAGUCUUAAGAGAUACAUACUGUUUGUUGUCAGUUCAAUUCUUUGUGUUUGUAUUAUGUUGGCAGAAAUACAAAACCUUUGGAUUAAGAAUUUUUAAUAAAGAAUCAUAAACUGACUUUUU